AUGUAUUUUGCCAUCCACAUCCUGCCGCCAGCCGACCGGCAACGCACCUCAGAAAAUGCCAUACGAACCGUGCCAGUGCCUAUCGAGGGCGACAAGACGUUUGCCGAUCUGCUACAAGCCGCACAGGCGCGAUUCGAAGCUAUAUCAAGCCCCCAGAAGACGGAGCUCAGUUUGGACACUCUUGCGGACAAGCAUGGCGCAGAGAUGUUCGCCAGCGACAAGAUUGAAAGUCUGUUCGGAUCGGGGCAGACAGGGGCGGAGCUCUAUCUAUAUACCAGCAAGGCUUUCAAGGUGCCGCCCAAGCCUGUGAGAACGCCUGCAACCACGAAGGGAGAACCUGCGUUCAAGCGACGACGACUUGCGCCGCCGACUCCGGACUCCAAUGCUGAGGUACCCACGGAAGAGGUAUCAGAGGACCCAAUAGAGGACUUUGAUGACUAUGAGCUGCCCACCAGUAAUCAGAGAAAUGCUUUCACCGAGCUCACAAGCUCUCAGCGAAAGGGGGCAGCUCCCAUGGACUGGCAACCAGCGGAGGAUCGUGUCGUGCUCAAGGGCAUGCAGCAAGGCUGGUCUGCCAAAAAGGUUCUGUCUCAGCUACCGAACUCUCGAAGGACAGAAAGUGCUGUCAGAGGUCGCCGCGCUGUGCUCAAGCGAAAGUACCCUGAUAAAGCCAGCCGCUCACCGGUUGCGACACCUUCAAGGAAAGAGAUCAAGACCUGGUCGGAUGACGAGGUUUCAAAACUGCGGCUAGGUCGUGCUGGUGGUCUUGACAAUCGUGCGAUUCACGAGCGUUACUUCUCUCGAGACCGAUCGCUCGAAGCUGUAAAUCAGAAGCUGCGUCGCUUGGAAGAUCUCGGUGUCAUACCAAGUAGCAGUGCGCCAGCAGCGAGCACACAGCCGGUAAGCUCACCGGCAGAAGCCGCUCUCGCUCGUCGGCAGCCGCCUCCACAAGUCGAGCCGGAGAUGAGGACAGCUUAUGUCCAGCUCCCAGCACGAGAAGAAGUUGAGGCACGUACGGAGAAGGUAGAGCAUGUACAACAGACGAAACCGCAAACUCUGGCAGCGUCCCCUCGUGUUCAAAUAUCCACACAGCAGAAGGGCAUCUUUCGCGACCAGCCCGAGAGUGAACGAUGGAGAAUAUGCAUGGCACAGGCCGAUGGCGACGAAGAGAAGGCAAAGCGAUAUCGCGAGGACCUGCAAGACAAUAUGGAUAUGAUCAAUGCAGUGACUGAUGAAGAUCAAGAUAUGAUUGAGAACAUCAAGGUCCGAAGGAUACAGAGGCGUCUACGCAGAGCAAUCACAGACGGCCGCGCUCGCCGCAAGAACCGUCGAACACCGAGAAGCAAGACGCUUGUUCCAAGCACUGAAGCGGCAGACGAGGAAGUCUUACGUGAGAGUGAUUGGGAGAUCACGGAAGAAGAGGAUGUUGCCGACACGAACGGCGACAUAAUGAACUUCGGCGAUGAAGAGCCGGGCAACGAUGACGAUAUCUCGGAGGAUGAAGUCGAGGAUAUGGUGCGCGAUCGCCAGAUCGAGGAAGUCGAAGAGUCGGAUGAGGAGGAGGGUGUAGGAGGAGCUCAAGGCGCAGAUGAAGGCGAACAGAGAGCUGUCAUCAACGCCGCUGAGAAUCGCAAAGUUGAAGAUGAUCAUGAAGAGUCCGAGUCUAAGUCUGACUCCGGCUCUGAUGAAGAGAACCACAACGCCCAGGCCGCUAACGACUUGGCACUUCUGGAGAUGCAACUGUCUCAAGCAACACCACCGGUAACAGUAGAAGUGCCCAGCUCGAACGCCAUCCAAGAGUCUGAGCAAUCUACCGACGACUCAGCAAUGUCCGUCCGGACUGACGAGUCUCGGAACAAGAGUAAGUCAGACGCGAAACCCCAAGAUGUCCUCGCCGAUGACAAGGCUCCCCAGAAGAUCGAAACUCCCAGCACCAGCAGCACAAACAGAAGCACGCCUGGUAAACUCCCGUCCCUGCGACAACACAUGCAGGGAAAGACAGAUGGACACGGAUAUGCGCCACCGACCAAAUCCCCAUCCUCCUCCAACAAAGCAAGGCCCUCACCCUACGACGUGCCCACUUCCGAGAAGAAAGCACGUACCAGUACUCCGAGACUGGCUGCGACAGCGGCAUUUGUCGGUACGCUGGGCACGAUGUCAAGGGAACGUGAGGCAUUGCUGAAGAAGAAGGACUGGAUGCCGCCGCCGCCUAAGAGGCGCGACCCGGACGAGUUCUUGCCCAAGCGGAAAGCUAACGGCGAUCCCCUGUGGUUCGAGAGCGAUGAUGCGGAGUCGAGUAGUUCGAGUGAUAGCGAUUGA